AUGACAUUCCCGAACAUAUGUAAUUGUAUAUUUUUUUAUCACGGGCUAAAACCCUCUGCUAGAAAUGUGAUAGAUGCAGCUGCAGGAGGUUCUGUAAUGGGCAAAACCACAGAGGAAGCAUUGCAACUAUUGAAUGAAAUUUCUGAGAAUGCUAUCCAAUGGCCAUCUGAGCGUGUAAUCAUUAAAAAGUCUGCUACGGUGAAUACACAACAAUCACACCACUUUCAGGCUUGUGACAUGUGCGGAGGAAACCACCAGAACCAUGAAAGUCAAGCAACCAAUCAAACGGAUGAACAGGUUAAUGUCAUCGGUUACAAGUCACAUCCUUUUGGGAGUCCAAUGGCACAAAAGCAUCCAGGAUUUCAGUGGAGUAACCCAAAUGAUGCAGAAAACUCUCAAAGCAUCCAGAAACAACAGCAAGCAGGACCAUAUCAACAAGCAAGGUCAUACCAGCAGAGGCCCCAACAAGCUCAUCCAAGUCUUGAUGACCUUUUGUACAAGUAUAUUAAGGUUACUGAUGAAAAAAUGGAAAGCCAAACUUCAUCCCUCAAAAAUCUGGAAAUUCAGUUAAGCCAAUUGGCAGCUCUUGUAUCAGAAAAGAUUCAGGACAGACAAGAAAAGAAUCAGGCAGAACAACAGGUAGACAAGGGUAAGAAUAUUGAAAAAUCAUCUGAACCAUCAAAGGAGAAAGAAAUAAAGAAUAAGGAAGAAAAAAAUUCUGAAAAAAUGGUUGCCCCACCUGUGACAAUUCCUUUUCCACAAAAAAUGAAACGAGAAAAGCUUGAUGGUCAAUUUGCAAAGUUUUUGGAAAUCUUGAAACAAAUUCAUAUUAAUAUUCUUUUCACUGAUGCUUUGUUGCAAAUGACUUCAUAUGCUAAAUUUUUAAAAGAAUUUUUGUCAAGUAAAAGGAAAUUGGAAGAAGUUUUUGUGGUAAUGCUUACUGAAAAAUGCAGUGCUAUACUUCAAAAUAAGCUACCACAAAAACUUGGUGAUCCUGGCAGUUUUACCAUUCCAUACACUUUGGGAGGUGUAUAUUUUGAAAAAGCACUUUGCAAUUCUGGAGAUUCAAUAAAUUUGAUGCCAUUUUCUAUCUUUAGAAAGUUGGAUCUUGGUGAAAUGAAGGACAUAGGUGUUUCUCUUCAGUUUCCAGAACAAAGUACUAAGAAACCUAAGGGAAUAAUUAAAAAUGUGCUUGUAAGAGUAGAUAAGUUUGUUUUCCCUGUAGAUUUUAUAUUACUUGAAAUGAAAGAAUGUCCUUGUCCUGAUGAACCGAUGAUUUUGGGUAGACCAUUUCUUACUACAGGAAGAGCAAUCAUAGAUGUUCAUCAAGAGCAACUAAUCUUGAGAGUUGAUGAAGAAAGAGUCAUUUUUGAUAUGCAAAAGAUACUAAGAUUUUCAGGAGAUGAGGCAUCAUCUUCAUGCUUUUCUAUUGACAUGAUUAGUGAUCUUGCAGAUGAAUUCAAAGAUGAUCAAUUAAUUUCAGACUCAAUGAAAUGA